AUGAAGCUCUCGUUCGCAAUCUUGCUUUUCGCCUCGGGGCUCAACGCCGUCAAAGGUCAGAGUUUCGUCACCGCUUCGACCAACUACUGUGAUGCCCAUGUGGAACAGUGUCUUGAAGUUACAGAGUCGGAAUGCAGUGGGAGUGAGCUGACCUUCUGCCUUCAAGACAAGAGCGGCUCGAGUUGCGACGAUGGAACUGGAAGCUGCGUUUGCAAGAGCGAUAGCAGCAACAGUGAAACCUACUCUCACAUCAACAUUUAUGUGGAUGGGAUUGACUUGUCUGCAGAAUCAUCUCGUCUCUCAGACACAGGUUUUGCAGAUACCUGCAAUGAUUCCUCUGGGAGCAGCAAGGGGUGUGGGUUGGUUGAUUCAAGUGGCACUCCAGCACAAGGUGUCAAAUAUGAAUCCACCAAAGGUGGUCUUUGUGUGACAGUACCUCUGGCAAGUGAUGGAACACACCCUAAAGUUGUGUUUGGUGUCAAGGAUCGUGGAAGUUGUGGCAUUUAUGGUUCUGCUGGUUCGUGGUCAUGCUCAACGGACUGUCAUUGUGGUGGAAAUCACGCCUGUGUCUUUGAGACAGCAUCUUCAUGCUCUUACAGUGGUCCUGCAACAACUACUGACCCGCCCACCGAGCCCCCAACUGAUGCUCCGACGGCAACCCCUACAGCUUUUCCAACUGCAACCCCUACCACUGCUCCGACUGCAACCCCUACGUCCAGUCCUGUUGCGGGCAGCACUCCGACGACUUCUUCGCCCACGUCGAGCCCGGUGGCAGGCAGCACUCCGACGACUCCUGCUCCUACGGACGGGGUUUCGUGCUCUGAUUACGAUGCCGUGAAUACGAAUAUCUUUUGCUAUUUCAUCAAAUGUCACUACGAUGGUGGAUUUUCAACUCCUUCCAGCGUCAGCUUUACCAAGACAAGUGACAGUUGCACCUGCCCAGACUGGGACUAUUGCCGUUGGGGCCCCAAUGAGGAAGAAUCUGUGGAAGGUGUUGUGGGUAGAAGUGACGGAGAAGCCCUAGUCCCGGUGCCUCGUGGUGCCUUUGGAAACACAUUUGAAGUCCAUGCCGGGGGCACUUGCUUUGAUGUUACUUGCGAAAGUGAUGGAAGCGCAACCGCAACUGAAAAGGACACCUGUGGCUGGUGUCGUGGCGGAGGCGGAGGUGGCUGGGGAAACUUACACGUUGAACACAAAGGAGACAUUCAAUUGAAAGACCUCCACGUUGGUGAUAAGGUUUUGACUGGGAAGAACAAGUUUGAAACUGUCUACAGCUUUGGUCACCACCAUGAUGAUUUGGUCGGAGAUUUUUUACAGAUCCACACUGCUCAGACAGAAAAGCCUCUGGAGAUAACAGAAAACCACUUGAUUUUCUCCUUGGAUGGUGAAGGCAAAGAAAUUGCUGUUCCUGCAGGAAAACUACAGGUUGGAGAUCUUGUCUUGUCAAAUGGAUCAACGAAAGAGGUCACAAAGAUCACUUACACCAAGAAGGAAGGUGUCUACAUGCCGCUGACACCAUCUGGGAAGAUUGAGGUGGAUGGCAUUGUGGCAUCUGCCUAUGUUUCUCUCCGGGAGGAAGCACCCAGUACCAUUGAAACGACAACUAACAUCUUUGGGAUGACUGAGCAAGCUCUGUCCCACUGGUGGCUUGCUCCUUAUCGCAUGCUUUGCCUCGGUGUAAGCUCCAGCUUCUGCCGUGAGACUGGAAGUACCAACCACAGUGAUGAUGGAAUCCUCCCAUGGCUUGGUGUUGGUCUUCAGUUCGCUCACUUUUCUGAAUCAGUUGGUUUCUGGGUCCGCUCUGUUGUCAUUGGGGUGCCCACCUUCUUGGCCUUUGGAUUCCUUGCUGCCAUUGAAACCCUUCUGGGAGGGCCAAGUGUAGCUCCUCUCGGAUUGCUCCUUGCUGGUGUCUGUGCGUACUAUGGUUACAAGAAGCAGAUGAAUGAAAAAACCUGGCGUGACGUCCAUCCCAAGAAGACGAAAGUGGCCUAA